GGCCAUCGUCGGUCGGUUGUCUUGGGCACGGUCUUGGGUUGUUGACGGACGUCCGUUCGUCGGCUAUACGAUUUUGGUGCCGAGUCCAGUGGCCGGGUCUUGAUUUUGCUCAGUAUACGGUUUCGGUCAUCUUUUCCAGCGGAGUCGAUGCUCCUUAGGCAGCUUGAAAGGUUGCGGGCGUAAUCCAAUAUCUUAUUGCCGACUUAUUAUGCGAGAACUGUGUAGUUUACAGCCAAAAUAAAUUCACCUUCACGAAAGCGACCACGCUAUAGGCAGGGCACUAAAGAAUCCUGUAGCAGCGACAGAAACCUUACGGUGCCACCGCGGAGCCUACCCAUCAACACGGCCGUCACCACCAGCUGGCCGGUUUAUUAUCACUCAACUCGGAGAGAGAUAACGGACGGGCCUGCAGCAGCAGUACCCAGCCGGUGGCACCUGCCCUGCACCGAGCGCCGAGCGGACGGAAAACAACGGCUGAUAAUAUUGCAGCGCGCACCCCAUCUGACGGCCGCGCCGGCCCUGCAGCUGCACUGCAGCCGCGCUCAGAGAGGGCGCGUCAGCCGACGGUGUAGCGUAGCGGGCGCCGUGGCCGCGGCCGUGCUCCGCGCCGUGCUCUAUUUUGAGUGGCGACUGCGCGCGCGCCUGCGCCGGCCGCGGCGGCGAUCGACCGACGCUCACACGACCGUGAGCCGGGCAGCGCGGAGCAGUCGUCCACCGCGCACCGUCCACCGCAAUGCUGGGAGUGACCGCCCGCCUCACCGGCCUGCCGGCCGCCGGCAGCCGGGUGUUAUCCGGAGCCCUGUCGGGCCGGCUGGCCGACCGGCCCGGGCGCCGCUCCGUACAGGAGUCGGCCCCCGACAAACCCUGUCCCAACAUGGUGCGAGGCAUCGACAACGUUCGAGAGACGCGGCUCAACAAGGGCAUGGCCUUUACGCUGGAGGAGCGCCAGCGGCUGGGCAUCCACGGCCUGCUGCCGCCCCGCUUCAAGACACAGGACGAACAGGUCGACCUGUGCCUGAAGAACAUCUCCCGCUACCAGGAGGACCUCAACAAGUUCAUCUACCUGAUGGGCCUGCAGGACCGGAAUGAGCGGCUGUUCUACCGGGUUCUCUCGGAGAACGUGGAGCAGAUGAUGCCGCUCGUAUACACGCCUACCGUCGGGCUGGCCUGCCAGAAGUUCGGCCUCAUCUACCGGCGGCCGCGAGGGCUCUUCAUCACCAUCCAUGACAAGGGACACAUCUACGACGUCAUGCGCAACUGGCCGGAGCAGGACGUCCGUGCCAUCGUGGUGACGGACGGAGAGCGUAUCCUCGGCCUGGGAGACCUGGGUGCCCAGGGUAUGGGCAUCCCGGUGGGCAAGCUCUCGCUGUACACUGCAUUGGCCGGCAUCAAACCGCAGCAGUGCUUGCCCAUCGUACUCGACGUCGGCACCAACAACAAGGAUCUGCUGAAUGACGAGUUCUACAUCGGCCUGAAGCAGAACCGAGUGACGGGCGAGGCCUACGACGAGUUUGUCGACGAAUUCAUGCAGGCCGCCGUCAGACGGUACGGCCAGAAGACGCUGAUUCAGUUCGAGGACUUCGGCAACCACAACGCGUUCCGCUUCCUGGACAAGUACCGCAACAAGUACUGCACGUUCAACGACGACAUCCAGGGCACGGCGUCGGUGGCGGUGGCCGGCCUGCUCGCUGCCAUGCGGAAGCUGAACACCAAGCUGUCCGAUCACACAUUCCUGUUCUUGGGAGCCGGAGAGGCGUCGCUCGGUAUCGCCAACCUGUGCGUGAUGGCGAUGGAGCAGGAGGGCCUCAGCUCGCAGGCCGCCCACGACAAAAUCUUCAUGGUGGACUCCCGCGGUCUGAUCGUCAAGAACCGGCCCGAGGGAGGCGUCACCGGACACAAGGUCGAUUACGCCAAGGACAUGGAGCCCAUGAAGAACCUCGGAGAUGUCGUCAAGAAGCUGAAGCCCUCGGCGUUGAUCGGUGCGGCCGCCCAGCCGCAGGCCUUCACCGCCGAGAUCCUGAAGGACAUGGGCGAGUACAACAAGGAGCCCAUCAUCUUCGCGCUGAGCAACCCGACCAGUAUGGCCGAGUGCACAGCCGAGCAGGCCUACCAGGCCACUCAGGGUCGGGCCGUGUUCGCGUCGGGCUCUCCGUUCGCCCCGGUGACCAUCAACGGCAAGACGCUGUACCCUGGCCAGGGUAACAACGCCUACAUCUUCCCGGGCGUGGCGCUCGGCGUCAUCGCCUCGGGCAUGCACCACAUCGGCGAGGACGUCUUCCUGCGAGCGGCUGAGGCGCUAGCGAAGAUGGUGACGGACCAGGAGCUGGACGUCGGCCGGCUGUACCCGCCCCUGGAGAACAUUCGGGAUGUGUCACUACAGAUCGCCGUACAGCUGGCGGAGCACGCCUACAAGACGGGGGAGGCGUCCGUGUACCCGCAUCCGGAUGACCUGCUCGCCUAUAUCGAGACGCACCGGUACGACUUCUCGUACGAGAGUCCGCUGCUGAACACGUACGAGUGGCCUAGCAGCGGCAUGGUCCAUUGAGGGAGGGGAGGGGGACUACUGUCGGCCGUAUCAGGGGGCCGUGCCGGCACAGGACGCGCCUGGCGGCCAGGGCGUCCUGUGGCUAGGGGCUUUCUUAGAUGCCGGUAGCCAUGGGCGUUCUACGGCGCCGGCAGUUAGGGGCGCCCUCAGGUGUCGGUGACAAGGGGCGUCCUCUGGUGUCGGUGGCUAAGGGCGCCCUCUUGUGCCGCUGGGUAAGGGCACCCUGUAGUGCCGGUGACCAGGGGCGCCCUCAGGAGGCCGGCAGAGACUCUGUACUGCCGUGAUUGGUGUUGUGUUCUGAACGGCGGAGUUGAGCGUUUCUGCCACGCCGCGUGGCAGCUGUCGAUGCGAAUAGGUCAUGGUCACAGUCAGUGAAUGGACGUUGUUGGUUACCCGUGUCAAGGUGGUCACUCAUAUAAUAGGGUCAGCACGGUAAAUGGCAUUUGAAGAGUCGAAGCGAAAUACAGCUAGAAACCAAAA